AUGAAGGGCCACCCUGUUUUUGUCCUGAAACAUAACCAGUUUUCACAACCAGUAUGCUUCAAGGCUUGCUGGGUAUGCAAGGGCUAUAAGGCAGUUUUCAUGCAGGAUUUUUUCCACACUUCAUCACUGACUAUGCGCAUGGAGGCCUUUCAUGUUCUUCUUCAUCUUGCUGCU